AUUAAUCUUCUUCAUCACAAUCUACUCAUAUAGCUUUGUUCAAUUACAGACACGAUCGUUUCACUGCUUUUCCGACUUCUGCAAAUCUCUGGCAUUAGUAGGCAAUUUCAGAACUCGCCCACCCUUUUACACCGAGUUUGAAGUGUCUAUGGCUCCAUCUUCAAGCAAUCAGUCUAAGUCAUCAUCAAACCUUGGUGGAAAAGUACGAAUCAUUGCAAGGAUUCGAGGUUUUUCGGAUCAGGAGUUGGCAUCUGAUGCCGCACACUCAAAGUCUAUGAUAUCUGUCUUUAAAUCUGGUGAUGGUGUUAAGCUUUCAUUUGAUGAUCAACUAUUGAGCCGGAAAAAUGAGUAUGAGGUGGACCAUUGUUAUCAGCAAAAUGAAGACACUGCCCUAAUAUUCUCAAGCGAGAUUAAGCCUCACAUUUCAAGGGUUUUUAAUGGUGAAAACUCAACAUUUAUUGCAUUUGGAGCCAGAGACGGUGGAAAAACAUACACAAUCAAAGGUUCCGAAGAAAAAUUAGGUUUGGGAAUGUUGGUGAUGGAUGAAAUUCUGAAAACUGUAGAAGGAGGAAAACAUACAAUCACAGUAUCAAUCUUUGAAGUUUUUCAGGAUCAUGUUUAUGAUCUAUUAGAUCCCAAGAAUCCUGAGGUUCAAGUACUAGAAGAUGCUCAUGGAAAAAUAAUGCUUAAAGGGCUUUCUAAGGUACCCGUGAAAUCAUUGUUAGAAUUUCAGAAGUUAUACUUGAGUGACAAUAGUUUAAACAAACCAACAAAAAAGAUAACUCUAGAGUUGCCAAGAAGGAGCCAUAAAGCUCUCAUGAUAAACAUUUUAGCUUGUGAUGAAGGAGGAAGCUCUAAACUUGUUGGAAAGAUGAACUUUAUUGAUCUUGCAGGGUAUGAAAAUUCGAGAAGAAAUACCUUUGAUGGAACCAAUCUUAAUGAGUCUACACGAAUCAACAAGUCUUUAAAUGCAUUGCUUAAUGUGAUUCAUGCCAUCAAUGCCAAUGAGAGUCGUGUCCCUUAUAGAGAAAGCAAACUUGCAAGAGCACUACAAGAUUCAUUUGGUGGAAAUAGUCAUAUAUCAGUGUUAUUUUGCUUGAACCCAUUGUUUUGCCCCGACACUAUUCAUACAGUUACUUUAGCUUCAAGGUUGAAAAAUAUAAAGCCUUUGGUUGCUGCAUGCUCUGCUGCAAAGAAACAAACCAACUCCACAGCAUCUAUUUCUGGAAAGAAACACACAAAGCCUCCUUUAUCUGCAAAUAAACUCGAUUCUACAACAAAACAACAAACCAACUCCAGAUUGCCUUUGUCUGCAAAGAAAACUAAUUCUGUGCUAAAAGGAAGGAAUCUUUUUAGUGGUACAGAGGAAGCAAAUGGUUUCAAGGAGAAAACACCGAGAAUGGAAAAUAAUCUUCCAAAUAUAGUAAAAUCAGUUAUUCCUGAUAAUAAUGAUUCCACUGUUGUACCUCAUGCGAAGGAGGAAAAAUGUUCAUCAGUCACUGUUUUAUCCAACUCAGAUUCUGCACAUGUUGCUUCCAACAUUGUACCUAGUUCACAUGAGGAGGAUGCUUCUGUAAAGACACAAAACAACCUUCCUCAUGUCAAUGAGAAAGAGAACAAUAGUUUGGUUGCUAAUGAAGGCGCAUCACCACCUAUAAGUGUUAAGUUGAAAAGAUUAGCAGAUAAUUUGAAAGCAUUAUCUUCAACUCCUCUGCCUGUAAGUAGGCUGCAGAAUGCAAAUACUCAAGUCUGCAAUUCUGUUGAUACUAUGGAACCAAAAACACCUCUAGUUACACAUAAAAUGGAUACUUCAAAUUCAAAAUGUCAAUCUGGAUCAUUCAGCAAACGUAGCUCAGGGUUGAAGCAAGCGCUUGUGCAAAACUAUCUACAUUUUCUAAAUACAGCUAGCGAGGAUGACUUGAAAGGGAUCUCGGGUAUUAAGGAGAAGAGAGCUUCAUACAUUCUAGAACUUCGUGAAAAAUCACCCGAACCUUUUAAAAGCCUUGAUGAUUUGCAGGAACUUGGUCUUUCAGCAAAACAGGUCAAGAACAUGAUGAAAGAUGUUGUUAGGGAUCUUUUCAGCUAGCCCUGAAUACAAUACAAGUUAUGUGUUGUUUAUAUCGACAAUAUAAGUUGUCAACCACAUUUGAUCAUUUGAAUUUGGUUGUCACUUUUCAAGGUGUCACUUUUGUUUGGGCAGUAGUUCGAUAAAAUUAAAUAAAUAUAUACCUAUAAUUACAAACAUUCAAAA